UCAUCCACAGGAAUGGAUGUUAAGGAUUGACUGUCGUUCCCCUGCCGUCGCGCCCCUUCCUUCCCCGGGCAGGAGGGAGCUGCUGGCGUCGGCCGCCAGUUCCGGCCCGAUGGAGGUUGGCAGCUGCUGGGCCCACGCGCCGGUGGCGGUUUCUUUUUGAAACAAAAAGCGGUAAACGGCCGUGAGCGAGACGGCGGGAAACAGCGGGAAGCGCGUGUCUGAGAAAAGGAGGAGGUGGAAGAGGACGAGGAAAGGGAGUCCAGUCCCAGUGCAGCUGGGGGUUCAUAUAGUGCUGAGCACAGAUGGAGUUCACCAUUGCAAUACUUUUGACUUUAUCCCUUGUGUGCAUCCACUUAGAAAUGGUGACAAAUAACAAUUCAGACAUGCAAGAUGAUUUACAAGGCCAAUGGAACGUCAGUGACCCAGAUAUUUUCAAUAUUAUAUUGCAAGUCAACAAAGAAUUGUUGGAACGUACAGGAAACAAAGUACUUCAAUAUGGUGACAUUCUAGUAGAUAGCAGCAGAAAUGCCAUGACAUGCCCAGAAGGAGGAGAUACCUGCUUAUGGCCCACUUCAAAAGAUGGGAAUGUCUAUGUACCAUAUGCAUUAAAUGAAACAUACAAUGAAAAUCAGAGAAGAAAAAUAAAAAAAGCUCUGGAUGAGAUUGGUGCCUUGACUUGUGUGAAAUUUUAUUAUAAACGGAGAAAUGAUCAAAACUAUGUUAAUGUGCAGCCAGGACCUGCCUGCUAUUCCAGCGUAGGAUUUGGAAGAAAUGCACGGAUAUUAUCAUUGAAAAAUCCACACUGUGUGCAUUUUGGUGUGAUAUCUCAUGAAUUUCUACAUGCAAUUGGUUUUCAACACGAGCAAAGCAGGAGUGACCGUGAUCUUUAUAUCCGGAUCCUAUGGGAAAAUAUUUCAGAUGAUCUAAAAUAUAAUUUCAAUAAGCUGGACACAAAUAAUUUGGGAACAAAAUAUGAUUAUGGAUCAGUUAUGCAAUAUGGCAGAACUGCUUUUAGCAAGAAUGGGCAACCUACUAUGUUACCAAUACCAGAUUCAGACAUUGAACUUGGACAGAUGCGAGGCCUUUCGACUAUGGAUGUUUAUAAGGUUAACAAGUUGUAUAAAUGCAGUACGUGUAAAACAUAUACCUAUUUGAAGGUAUGUGGAAAUAGUUUUGUAGCUGAUGUUGGAAGCUUAACAUCUCCAAACUACCCAGGUCUUUAUCCUAACAAUGCUGACUGCAAGUGGCUAAUUCGGGCAAAAGGUCGUUUUAAGAAUGAGACAGGACAUCUCAGUAGGGAGGCUGGCCGACUCAGAAAACUGAGUCCUCUGGAGCCAUACAUGAGGAUUCCACUUGCAGCUUCAGAUAAAGUUUAUGUCACUGUGAGGGAUGGAUUUGCCACUGCCGUCCUCACCCAAACUCACUGCGACCGCAAGUGCCCAGUGGCAUACUUUUCAACUAACCUGGACCUGGUAGCAGCCAGCCUCCUGACCUACUCACAGACUUUACAGUUACCAUCCAGCCCAGCUGUGGUCAAAUGCUCAGUUUAUACUGGUGCCACUGACAGAAACUCCAAGGGUAACGCAGAAGUCGAUGCUGCCAUCAAGCAGGCAGCAUUACACCUCGCUCUCCUAGUUCAGUUGGGCUCACAGCAACACCUAGUCACAAAAAGUAUAAGGGCAGGAAUCUAUUCGCAUGCUCAAGAACUUAGUGGGCUCAGGACCGUAAGGGAAAGCGUCGCCAAUGAUAUGGCUAGUGCCUUAACUGAAAUUAAUGCUGAGCUACUUGCAGUUAGGACUGUGGCCCUCCAGAUUCAUUUGGCCCUGGACUUCCUGCUAGGCAAGGAGGGUGGUGCCUGUGCUAUUACUGGGGCAGAGUGCCGCAUCUACAUCCCUGACGAGUCCACUAACAUCACUGACCUCUCUAAACACAUCACACAAGAAAUCCAGACUCUCCAAACUAUUGACACUGGGUUUAGUGAUGGCAUGGAGGGGUAG